AUGUCUGCCCCUCCCAGCCUGAGAUACCAAGCGAGCAUCUAUAGCACCCAUUCCCACAGCCACCCAUAUCGAUACGGAUACAGAUCGAAUCGCAAUACGAGUCUUGAGCAGUUGGUCCCAAAGAAGAGAGUGCGGUUUGACGGGAAAGCUCCGCCAGCCGACCGAACACACAAGUCGAAGCCAAGGAUGUCUGCAUCUGAGGACGGUGGGAUUACCAUUGAGCGGAAAAAGAGCUAUGGCAUUGGUGGUGCGGGAAACAUUCGGCGACCUUCGGAUGUGAUAUAUCCCGUUAGGUUGAAUGCGGACGGCACAAGACGGCGAUCCAGUGUCUUCUCCACCAGCCCAGAUGGCAAACGCGCCGGCAUCAUGAGUUUCUUCAGGAGGAGCAGUUCGCAGAGUGAAGCGUCGAAUGGAGCUCCGGAAAGAGACCCAGACGAAAACGCAAAUGGACGAGGGUAG